GAUCUGCUCGCUAGCCUGCAGCACCGUAGUGUUAACAUUUUGUAUUAGCAUGGAUCUCGUGUGUUUACAAUAAUUGAUUCUGGCUAAAAUAAGGUAUUAAUGACGUAGAAAAAAGGAUUAUUAAUAAAGUACGGAUCUCGGAUAACGGUUGAGUAAAGAAUGAGUAACUUUUGGAAGAGUCUGAUGACAGUCCGGUGUAUACACACGUGUCGGACGUCACUACGUGAAACACCAAAUAACCUUAAGGGGAAGUCUGUAAGCUCACAGAAAUGGUUAGUGAGACAACUGAAGGAUCCUUACGUGGAGUUGGCGAAGCAAGAAAAAUAUCGUUGCCGCAGUGCGUUCAAGCUUCUUGAAAUCAAUGAUAGAUUUAAUAUUUUAAUUCCUGGACUUGUUGUUGUGGACUGCGGUGCUGCUCCAGGAAGCUGGACUCAAGUUGCUGUUAAGCAUACCAAUGCUGAUGGAAGUAUAUCGAACAAACCCAAGGGGAUAGUCUUUGCGAUAGACAGAUUACCUAUUUAUCCUAUAGACGGAGCAACUGUUGUUGGGAAUAUGGACUUUACUACACAGUUGGCUCAAGAUACACUGAGGAACUUAUUGAAUGGAAAGCAAGUUGAUCUUGUAAUGUCUGACAUGGCUCCAAACGCAUCUGGAGUAAAGCACAUGGAUCAUGAUAAUAUCAUUAGGCUAGCUUAUUUAGCAUUGAAAUUUGCCCUUCACAUUUCAAAAGUGAAUGCUACGUUUUUGGCUAAGCUGUGGGAUGGUGGACAAUCCACCCAGUUUGAGCAAGAUGUAGGAAAGUUUUACAAAAAUAUAAAGAUUGUGAGGCCUGCAGCAACGAGAGAUGAUUCCUCAGAGAAAUUUGUACUUGCAAAAGGAUUCAAAGGACUAAAAACUAGUUAAAAGUAUGUUACGUUAAUUAAUUUAAUUCUGAGAGGAUUGUAUAUAGCAAAGAUUUGAUAACACAAUAAAAAAUGAUAAUGUA